AUGAACCGGGAGAAUCCACCGCCACAAACGGUCCAGGAAAGGGCAGACAUCCUGGUGGACAUCGCCGAACUGUACUGGAGGAACACGCCCGCGCUGGGAGCGAAGGUAGGCUCUUACUCUUACGGCAGUGCCACCUCUCUUUCCCCGUUUCCUGUGGCGCUUUCUUGGGAGAGCACAGGAGCGGUGCAGGUACGGGGGCAGAGCCAAGGAGAGAGGGGGGGGAAGGCCACCCGAGGAUCGGUUUCCAUAAUUUUGCUUUAG